CGCCAUGGCGGCCCGGGUGGUGCUGGACGAGUUCACGGCGCCCGCCGAGAAGGCGGCGCUGCUGGAGCGGAGCCGCGGCCGCAUCGAGGCUCUGUUCCGCGUGGGCCUGGCGGUGCUCGGCGCCCUCGGGGCGGAGGAACCGCUGCCCGCGCGCAUCUGGCUGCAGCUCCGCGGCGCGCAGGAGGCGGUGCACAGCGCCAAGGAGUAUAUCAAAGGGAUCUGUGAGCCUGAACUGGAAGAAAGAGAAUGCUACCCCAAGGCCAUGCACUGCAUUUUUGUAGGGGCACAGAGCCUAUUUUUAAAGAGCCUAAUUCAGGAUACUUGUGCUGACCUCUGCAUUUUAGAUACGGGGCUUCUUGGCAUUAGAGGAAGUGCUGAGGCUGUGGUCAUGGCCAGGAGUCAUAUUCAGCAGUUUGUGAAGCUCUUUGAGAAUAAUGAGAACCUGCCCAGUAGUCAGAAAGAGUCGGAAAUCAAACGAGAAUUCAGACAAUUUGUUGAAGCCCAUGCAGACAAUUAUACAAUGGAUUUGUUGAUUUUGCCUACUUCCUUGAAGAAAGAACUACUGAGUCUCACACGAGGUGAAGAGAAUCUGUUUGAAACAGAAGAUGAUGAAGUCAUUAAAAUUGGAGAGAUGCGGCCACCGGAGUUGACGCAGAAUGCUGCCACAGGACCAAGUAUUGCUAGAGAUGAAAUUGUUUUACAGGAAGAUCCCAGGAGUGAAGCUAGGACCCCUGUUUCUGAGCUUACAAAACAAAUGGACACAGUCUUGUCUAGCUCUCCAGAUGUGCUCUUUGUUCCAGUAAAUGGUCUAAGUCCAGAUGAAGAUGCACUUUCCGAAGACAAGGUUUGUCACAAGAGGAGGUCUUCUGAUACAGAAGAAAGGCAUACCAAGAAGCAGUUUUCCUUAGAGAAUGUUCUAGAAGGGGAGCUUUUGCAUGAUGGUAAAGCAUCAGCUGGAAAUGAAGUCAUUGACCUGUGUGAUGCUGCUUCUAACUCUACAAAUCUAAGCCCCGAUGGAAAAGACACUACAGAAGAAAUGGAAUACAACAUUCUUGUAAACUUCUUUAAAACCAUGGGCUAUUCCCAAGAGAUUGUUGAAAAGGUCAUUAGGGAGUAUGGGCCUUCCACAGAACCAUUAUUGCUCUUAGAGGAAAUUGAAAAGGAGAACAAAAGGCCCCAAGAAGACAGAGCAUUUCCACCUUGCACUGUGUAUGCGGAUGCCGGGCAGAGCAGAAGUGCGGGUGUUGGGAGCAGCACACAUGAGCUCACAACAGAUUCUACUCCAAAGAACACACAGAGUCACACAGAGCAAGAUAUAGUGGAAAGAUUUUCCCAGUUACCGUUCAAAGACCCUAAACCGUGUACCUCAAAUUGCAGAAUUAAUUCUUUCAGAACAGUGCCAGUAGGACAGAAACAUGAAGUGUGGGGCUCAAACCAGAACUACACUUGUAAUGUAGACCUUGAGACUGAUGGCCUCUCACCCUCUGCUGCCUCUUCCAGUCCUAAAGAAGUCAGCUUCAUUUCGAGGGGAGCUGCAGGUCACCAACAGAGAAGCCCAGCUUUUCCUGAAAAUGGUCUUCAGCAGCAAGCAGAACCCUUGCUUCCAAAUAAUAUGAAGUCUGCCUGUGAAAAACGUUCUGGAUGUUGUAGCUCUCCUCAGCCUAAGCCAAAUUAUCCCCCGCUUUCCCCACCGAUGCCGCUGUCCCAGCUGUUACCUUCAGUUACUGAUACACGGUUGGCAGGAUCCUCUGAUCAUAUCGAUUCCUCAGUUACGGGUGUUCAAAGAUUUCGAGAUACCCUGAAAAUACCAUACAAGCUGGAGUUAAAAAAUGAACCAGGGAGAGCAGAUUUGAAGCAUAUUGUUAUAGAUGGGAGUAAUGUUGCAAUUACCCAUGGUCUGAAAAAGUUCUUUAGCUGCCGUGGAAUAGCGAUUGCAGUUGAGUAUUUUUGGAAGCUUGGCAACAGAAACAUCACUGUGUUUGUCCCACAGUGGAGAACAAGGCGAGAUCCUAAUGUCACAGAACAGCACUUCUUAACCCAGCUCCAGGAGCUUGGAAUAUUAUCUUUAACUCCUGCCCGGAUGGUCUUUGGAGAAAGAAUUGCUUCUCAUGAUGACAGGUUCCUACUACACCUAGCGGACAAGACUGGGGGUAUAAUUGUAACAAAUGAUAACUUCAGAGAGUUUGUGACUGAGUCAGUGUCCUGGAGAGAAAUUAUUACAAGAAGACUGCUUCAGUACACGUUUGUGGGGGACAUAUUUAUGGUUCCUGACGACCCUCUGGGGAGAAACGGACCUCGGCUAGAAGAAUUUCUUCGCAAGGAGGGCUUUCAUAGAGACAUGCAGCCACUGCUCAAUGCCCUGCCAAAUGUGGACACGUUUGACCCUGGCUUCCGGAGCCCCAACACCCAGGUAGUCAACACCAACCACCAGCCUCCUUCCCGCAACCAGGGAGCCUCUUCAAGCUCUUGGCUUCCUCAGCAGCCCCACUUCACACCCCUGGCCACCCUUCCCAGUAUACAGCAGAACCUUCUCAUGCCAGCACAGAGAUCUUCUGCGGAGACCAGCGAGCUGAGGGAGGCCCUGCUGAAGAUCUUCCCUGACUCUGAGCAAAAACUGAAGAUCGACCAGAUCCUGAUAGCUCAUCCCUACAUGAAAGACCUGAAUGCCCUUUCUGCCCUGGUAUUGGACUGAAGACUGGGCUGAGCGCCCACUGAUGCUGGGGCCCAGAGGGAGCUGCCAACUCUGGGAAAUACCAUAGUGGGAAGAAGCCUUCCCAGAGUGAACAUUGCUGUGCUGGGUAGGAAAAGGAGGAAGGAAGAUGUUUUAUGUAUACAAAAAUCUGGAUUUUCAAAGCCAGCUUUUUUCUAUAUAUAAAUUAUGCUGCUAUUACAGAUUUAACAUUUUCUGUAAAGGAAAGUACAUUUUCUGCCUGUUCAGAACUGUUUCAUAGCAGUUACUCUUGAGUGUAUUUACAAUUUUAUGUUUUUUAAACUAUUUUCCUUAAAGCUGAAGAAAAGUUGACAAAUGAAUAUGGUUAGCCUUUCUAAAUAAAAUUUAAAAAGAAAAAAAAAAAAGGAGUUGCUUCCUUAAGGAAAGCAAGACCUCUUAAAGUAUAUUUUCUUGAGGUGAUCUGUCCUGUCCACUCACAUGGUGUGUGCACCCCUGCCUUCCUCCUUGGAGUUGGCCUGCUUUAUUCUUGUGGGUCUUCUCAGCAAGCCACUGUGAGAGUGGAGAAGUGGAGCCACCAGAUGGCACUUGUGCCUGACUGAAAUCAGUGACAAGACAAAGGCCGACUCAGAAGAGCAGGGUGAGACAUCUCAGUC